GCCGCUAAAUUUUCCUUGUAUAACAUUCCGCCACCUUAAAAUAAGAAGAGCUUAUUGGAUAUAAGAAAAGCCCUAAAUGCAACUGUCUGGAAAAAGAUAAGGUGGCUUUGGCUAAAUUGUUAUUAACCAAAGGCUUUUAUUAAUCAGGGCUGACCUACACCGAAACUAUAGCAACACCAUCACUAACAUAUAUGCACAUUCCGCCCACCCGGCAUAAUAUGAGAUAAAAAAAAAAUAGGGAUAGACGGUUGCUAAAUUGCUCCAACUAAACAUCUUUAAAAACUGAAAUGAUUAAGAAAUAAAUUAAGUUUUUUAAAGUAAAUAAAUCAAAGACUUUUGCAUAAUCGUUCUUGACUGGUACUCUUCAUUCUAUGAAGAUCAAGUUUGGUCUAUAAACUGUAUGUUUGAGCACGAAAUGUCUUCCGACUGAGAGGAAUUGUUUUUGUGUGGUUUUUGUGAUAUUUUCGUGCUAUGGAUAUAUCGAAGGAAACUUUAACUAGUUUGAUUGGGCCGUCGGCUGAUACUUUUAUACAGGGAAAUAAAAUGAGUCAUAAAAGUUGGAAGAAACUUUUAAAAAAAUUAAAAAGGAAAUUAAAACGGAAAAAACUUGCCCAAAACAAUAACCUUGAAACAUGUGAUAAAAGUAGCUCUGAUAAUGAAAUUUCUGAACAAGUAAGAGAGAAAGAAGUGCAACUACAGAUGGUGGCACAUGCACGCUGGUUAGAACGAGAAAGACAGGCUCAGAAGGAAUGGGAACUUAGGAAACAACAUGAAGAACAAGAAAGAAAACGUCGAGAAGAACAGGAUAGACAAAUCAGAGAAGAAUGGGAAGAACAAGAGAGGAAAGAAACAGAAGAGAGAGAAAAAUUAGAAUCAGUUGAAAAAGCCAAAAAAGAGAAACAGGAAGCACUACUGAAAGAAGCAACAAUUAAUCAGGCACUAAAUUCUGGAGGGCAGUGUUCUCACAAUCCACUUGCUCCAAUCAGCUACCAUCACCAAAGCAGAGAUGUUGAAGUUUGUUCGUUUUUUGCCAAAACUGGUGCAUGUCGAUUUGGAGAAAGGUGCUCUCGAAACCAUCCUGAACCAGAGGUGUGUACCACUUUAGUUUUUCCUGGAAUGUACACUCACAUGACAUUGGAUAAUGCUCAAGACGACUAUGAUACUGAUUUAACACUUGAAUUUGAAGAAGGGGAAAUUUAUGAAAAUUUCAAGGAAUUCUAUGAAGACGUUUUACCUGAGUUCAAAGCAGUGGCACAAGUUGUUCAGUUCAAAGUAUCUUGUAAUUAUGAACCUCAUCUCCGUGGUAAUGUUUAUGUACAGUUCAAAACUGAAGAGGAUGCUUUCAAAGCGUUUACCAAAUUUAAUGGUCGCUGGUAUGGUGGCCGACAGUUGUCUUGCCAUUUUGUUGAAAUAAAGAAAUGGGGUGCUGCUAUUUGCGGUCUGUACAGUGAGAAUCGGUGCCACAAAGGAAAGUCCUGCAAUUUUCUACAUGUCUUCAAAAAUCCAACCCGGGAGUUUCAGCACACUGAUAGAAAUUUCCGUUCGGAGAAUAUUCACCACCAUAACAACCGUGAUGCUUAUCGAUCUCAUUCAAGACACCGUUCCUCGAGACACCAUCGGUCAUUUUGGCGACAUUCUCUUUCACCUUUGAGACAUAGUUCCAGCCGUUCUCGUCACAGCCAGCACCGUGAUUCUAGUCCCUCUUCAUCUUAUAAUCGACGAAGUAGCAGACGUUCUUCUGUGAGAAAGCACUCCAGAUCACGUUCUCCUCCAAGAAAGCGUUCCAGAUCGCGUUCACGUUCUCCUCCAAGAAAGCGUUCCAGAUCGUGUUCACGUUCUCCCCCAAGAAAGCGUUCCAGAUCGCGUUCACGUUCUCCUCCAAGAAAGCGUUCCAGAUCGCAUUCACGUUCUCCUCCAAGAAAGCGUUCCAGAUCGCGUUCACGUUCUCGGUCAAGAUCUUUGGAAAAUUCUCAUCGCAAUUCAUUUUCUCCUGAUAGCAAACAUUCAAAAGAAAAAACAUUAAAUCACUAUAGACACAAAAAAGACAGAAACCUUAAGAAA